GGCUCGGAACAAAACGCACUGCCGUCACACAGUCUCCAGAGCUCAUUCUCAAUCAUGGAGAGCUUCACGACAACAGAUUUGGCUAUGACGGUACAACCUACUAUUUUUCCACGCGUGGGCUACAGCAUACUUUCAUACCUCAUGUUUAUAAACACUCUACUUUCUGUGUUUAAUAAUGUGUUGGUAAUUGCCGUAAUGCUGAAGAACAUGCAUUUUCUCAAUGCGAUGAACGUCAUCAUUCUCAGCCUGGCUGUGUCAGAUCUUAUGAUUGCCACCUGCGGCUCUGCGAUCGUCACCAUCACAAAUUAUGAAGGGUCUUUCUUUUUAGGGCAUGCAUUCUGUGUUUUUCAAGGAUUUGCUGUGAACUACUUUGGCCUGGUCUCAUUAUGCACUCUCACACUACUGGCAUACGAGCGGUACAAUAUAGUCUGCAAACCCAUGGCAGGCUUCAAGCUGAACGUCUGCAGGAGCUGCCAGGGCCUGGUGUUGGUCUGGCUCUAUUGCCUCUUCUGGGCCGUCGCUCCACUGCUGGGCUGGAGCUCGUACGGGCCCGAGGGCGUCCAGACGUCCUGCUCAUUGGGCUGGGAGGAGAGAUCCUGGACAAACUACAGUUACCUCAUCGCCUACACGCUUAUGUGCUUCAUAUUACCCACUGCUGUCAUUAUAUACUGCUACAGCAACGUCCUCGUGUCCAUAAGGAAGAUCAACAAAAGCAUUGAACUUCAAGGAGGAAAAAACUGCCUGGAGGACAAUGAGCAUGCGGUACGGAUGGUCCUGGCCAUGAUCGUCGCCUUCUUCAUCUGCUGGGUGCCUUACACCGCCAUAUCUGUGGUUGUGGUUGUGAAUCCAGAGAUCUACAUCCCACCUCUGGUCGCCACCAUGCCAAUGUACUUCGCCAAAACCAGCCCGGUCUACAAUCCCAUCAUCUACUUCCUUACCAACAAACGGUUCCGAGAGUCCUCUCUGGAAAUCCUGUCCUGUGGUCGAUACAUCCCCCGUGACACUGCUGGUGUAAUGAUGAGCCAAAGCAGGGUUAUUCCAGCCUGAUCUGAGGUGGAUGUUUUUCGGGAGCUGGAUAUUUUAACAGUGUCUUUGGUCUGCAUGACAUCCCUCACUAACCCCAUCAUCUACGCAGCGGUCAAUCCUCAGUUCCGCACAGAAUUUCAUAAUCUGAAGACGAAAUGGAAAGCAUUUUUUACACAUUCAUAGAGUUUUAUACUCUUUUGACUUUUACUUGUGGGGUCAUCAGAGCUUUCAAAUAUCCGUGA